GCCUAGUCACCCCAGUUAUCAGCCUCCCACCCAAUUAGAUCAAACAUCUCCUCAUGAACUGGUUACUACAGAGCCCAUGAAAGCUAGUGAGGGGUCGAAGCCCAUAAUUUGCUCUGCUAAUCUGACAAAGGAUGAAUCAGCGACUUUCAGAAGUGACAACCUCUGACCAGUCAAUUCCUGUUAUUGAGCAAUUUGCCGGUAAUUCUUCUUUUGUGCUGCGGCCUCCUGGUCCUAUGUUGAGUCACUUGGAGUCCAUUGCAGACUGUGAUAUCUCUCUUCCUGAGCAGACAGAUAACGGCAGCGCUGAUAGUGACCUCACCAAAGUCUCUGGAGAGGUGGAUGGCAACAAGAGCAGGGAAAUGACACAAAUGUCUUUAGCACAGGAUGUGGAGUACGGUGAUGUCAACGUUAAAGCAGAUGAGACUUGUCCGAAACUGGAGGAUAGAAAUGACGCUAAGGAGACUGUCGUUGAAUUUGAGUUUUCUGAGAUUAACAAUGAUAAUAUUCAAUUUUCACAAGAGGAAAAUCUGUCUCCUCCUCAUCCCCCUGGUGUAGUGGGUGUACUGGCAAAGGGUGGGUCUGAUAAUGUAAUUUCUCUAUCCCACUCUGAGCCAGGCCCUGUUGGCAUUAAACCUGUUAUUUGUGAAGUAUCCAAGGAUUAUGAUGGAAUUAAACAAGACAAUAUGACAGAGAAAAUGGGAGAUCAGAUAUCCACGCUGUUUGCAGAGGAGAAGAAAAAAGUUGAAGAAGCAACAAUGGAUAAUCAAAGGGAAACAGCAUACAGCAGUAAGAUGCAGACAGGAAAGACAGACACAGCACCACAACAGAGUAACGGGCAAGAUAAAGAGGCUGUAGAGGAAAUUGGAGACCUGCAGCCACAACAUAAACAUAAAGUGCAUAAGACUGAAUCACCAAUAAGUGAUAUAAAGGAAGUAGAAAGGAAGAGUGGCAUUGCAUCUGAAAGACAAACCAAGACUUCUACCUUAUCUUCUGACAGACCUGCUGGGUCAUAUGAGGACAUGCUAAGUGCUGAGGUAGAUUCUGGUAGUGAACCUCAAACUGUUUAUGAACAGAUUUUGCGCCAAACUCUGACAGCAACACUGGAAAGCAGCUCCGACAGGGACGCGGCACUAGAUUUGAAUGCAGCUCUUGGCCAAUCACAGUCCACACCAGAGCCCAACUGUUUUGCUCAGCAACAGGAGCAACAGCAGCGGUGUUUGUACUACCUACAGUGUCUGGGAUCCAGACAUCCCACACAGGAAUUGUCAGGUGGCUGUCGAGAGGGGGGAGAAAAGACUAACAGUCAGGUCAGGCAGACCCAAGCACUGCUUCAAAGUGUGAAAGGGGUAGCAGAGGGAGGAGACGGCUCUGUUGGGAAUUUGUGUCAGUCAGGAAGCAGCGAUGAGUUGACAGGGGAUGACAGCAAUGAACGAGUGAUGGGUGAUGGAGAGGGAGCACAAGCAGGGGUUGAUGUGCUGUUUCACCUUGCCAGUGAUUUAAAUAAGAGUAGAAGGGCUGCUGAGAGAAAUGCCAUGGCUGAAAUAAGGAGUGUAACAACUGGCUCUUAUGUAGAUGAGACAAGACAGGGGAUGGAUGAGAAUGAUAGCCCUGCAUUAGGGGUAGUUGGGUCAGAUACAGACACUGAGUUUGUGAGUGAUCUGGUUGGUAAAGGCCAGCAAAAAGGCAAUCUAUCAGCUGCCUGUCAAGACCAACAUGGAAAACCCGAGACCUCGAAGAACACUGCUGUUUUUGUUGAGUCUGCACCACAGGAACAUGAGACUUCAACUUUCCAGAUCUCUGUUUCAUCAAAGGUCAGCACAGAUAGUCAUGGCAUUCAUACAGCAGUUAUUCCAAGUGCAAACCAGGCUGAAGAAAUUCACACAAAGAUAUUCAGUACUCUGGUUGGGCAACCCAAAACUGUGGAAAAGGAUUUCAGUGUUGCCACGGCUGUGAAAAGCAACAUUAGUCAAACUGAGGAGUGUGAAAUUCACGAUACAGUGUGCAGGCCUCUCAAGCUACAAAGCUUCAAUAAAACCUCCGCCACACAAAGCAGCCCAGUAGUACAAACACCCAUAAAAGGCCCUGAUGUAGAGGAGAUCACAAAGGAAGAUAAAGCACCUUUGGACGAAGAGAAAGCUAGCAGCCAGGGGAAAGGACAAAGUGAGAUAAAAGCAUUAAACAAUGAAGCAAUGAAUGAACAGGAGGUCAAAAAUCCAACUGUGAGUGCUAAAGACAGUGUCUCAACUGGUCUUUCUAAGGCAACAGAAAAUGGCAAUGAUAUAAAAUAUAAAACAAGUCAUGAUGUUAUCACAUGGCCAUCUGUUGUUUCGUCAAAGCCCCCGGGAGAUUUUGCAUCAACCCCUCCUGCAGCUUCUACCCAGUCAGAGAAGCCACAUGAUCAGGUGUCUUUGUCAAAGCCCCAAGACGAUACUGCGGUUAACCUCAUUGUUGCCGAUUCCCACCAUGAAGGAAUAUCACCUGAAAAAGCUCCUGUUGAACAAGUGUCUGUGAACACAGAGGCUGCCGAUGUGUCAGAGAGUCCGGCUCCUGGACUUCCAGCUCGAGAACCAGAUACUAACUGGAUACAAGCUCUAAAGGAAGCUGCAUCCCAAUCUCAGAGUAAACAAGAGACCUCAAGACCCCUCCCAUCUCUGGAGUCUCCUCAACUAGAGUUUCUUACUCCGACUGAGGAGAUAGCUGCUCCUCUGAGACAGGAGGAGAUCCCACCACCGGAGCGAGCAGCAGAGAAGACAACAGAGAUCCCACCUCUGAAUCUUGUGAAGAAGCCAGUGGAUCUUCCUGAACCUUUAAAAAAGACAGUAGAGCUCCCAGAACCAACACCGCAGACAGUAGAGCUCCCAGAAGAAACAAAGAAAGUAGAGCUCUUAGAACCAACCAAGAAAGAAGAAGAGCCUCCAGUAGAGCUCCCAGAACCAACAGCGCAGACAGUAGAGCUCCCAGAAGAAACAAAGAAAGUAGAGCUCUUAGAACCAACCAAGAAAGAAGAAGAGCCUCCAGUAGAGCUCCCAGAACCAACACCGCAGACAGUAGAGCUCCCAGAACCAACACUGCAGACAGUAGAGCUCCCAGAAGAAAAAAAGAGAGUAGAGCUCUUAGAACCAACCAAGAAAGAAGAAGAGCCUCCAGAAGAGCUCCCAGAACCAAAAAGGGAGCCAGUCACUUCUUCAGAAAUAGUGAAUGAGCUAGCUGAGCUACAGGAACCAACAAAAAGCAUAAAAGAGCUCCCUGAACCAACAAACAAUGAAGUGGAGUUCCCAGAACCAACGCAGAAUAAAGAACCAGAACCAACAAAGACAACAACAGAAGAACCAGAGGAGAAGCUGACCAGUGAGCUUCCAGAGGAGCUGGUGGAAAAACCUGUAGAGAUCCCAUCUGAGGAGCCAUUGAAAGUGCCAGCUGAGGAAACUGCAGCGACAGAAACAGUCCAGGACCCUGCUGAGGAACUUCAGGACAGCGGGAGUUCAGACUCUGAUGGAGGGUUUGAGACCCCUGAAUCCACAACUCCAGUGAAGACAUUUUCUCCCAUAGAUCCCCCAACCCAGCAACUAACGUCCGAUGAAAAAGUAGCAGAAACCUCUGUCAGUGAUCCUGCCUCUGAAUUGACUUCAGCUGAUGCACCAUGCCGUUCCCCGUCCAUUGUUUUUGAUGAGAACAAGCCCAUUGCAGCCAGUGGCCAAUACAACAUUGAGGUUGUUGGAGAUUCAACAAGUCACACUCUGACCCGUUCACUCAGCUUCCAGGGAGGAGAACUAGACAGUGCCGAUCUGUUGGACGGAUCAACAGUGGGGGGCUUCCGUCCACAUUCGGAAUCCUUCAGCGUAGGGACCGGGAGUGCCCCAGGGACGCUCCACAGGCCCAAGAAAGUCCGUUCUGGGUCUGUGAAGAAGAAGCCUCUUCUCAGACAGAACUCUAACCCAGACAGUCCAAAGCCAGCCUCAUCCAGCAGCACCCCGGAGAUCAAGAAGAGGGCAAAGCCUCAAACCGCCAGCCCUCUCCAGCCUCAAGAGGAAGCAGAGGGGGGAUCUGCAACCCCAAGCCCUGGAGGAACCCUCCGCAGGCCCAGGAAGAGCCGUGUGGAGACUCCUCCUCCUCUGCUAGAGGAGACCAAUCAUACCAGCCAAGACGAGAGCCCUGUCAUCCCUGCCUUACCUUUGCGCCAGGAAGGGACCCCUCUCCCUGGCAGUCCAACGGGCUUAGACGAAUCCCCCAUUCCCCCUAGUACCUCCUACAAAUGGGAUCCAGAUAAUUUUGAGAACAUCGACCCUUUCAAGACAGGAGGUAGUAAAAUUGCCAAUUCACCUGUUCUGGGUCGUAAAGGUCCAGUGUGUGCCCCCAUUGCCACCCCUCCAGAGACUCCCUCUGUCUCUGCUGUGGAGCCUUGCACCCCAGCUCCUCUUGAAGAGCCAAUCACCAAUCCUGAAGAGCAACCCAUCAUCCCCAAGCGUCAGUCAGUAAGGCUGGAGUUUGACUACUCUGAAGAGGGCAGUGAGGCGUCACACCAGGCCUCUCCCCCUACCAAGAAAGUGGGCAAGAAGCCCGGUAAGAUGCCUCUGAGGAAACCCAGGCUGGGGCUGAAGAAGGCCCCUCCAGUGCAGAUGGAGCAGCUGGACAACGAUCCUCCAGCAACCCACAAUGGCAACGAGGAGGAAGUCCCUGCUCCCGCAGUCUCUUACAAGUUUGAACCUGACAAGUGGGAUGAUCCGAACUUCAAUCCAUUUACUUCUAAGAAAAGCAUCUCCAACUCCCCCAAACUAUCCAGGCCGUCUUAUUCCUUUGACACCAAUAACUUUGACGACAGUGUAGACCCUUUCAAAUCCUCCAGUAAGAUAGCCAACUCCCCUCCUAAGGCCUCUGCCUCAUUUGAACUGUCAUCCAAUGACUAUGACAAUGAAAAUGACACUGACAACAUUGGAGAACUGGAGGACCAAAAUCAGAACAAACCUUCCAAGAAGAAGAAAACUCCUAUCAAAUCGAAGUCCAGGGGUGUGUCUUCUCUAUGUUGUCUGUUUAAUACUUUCAGAGUGAAGAGGUCGCCAAAGAAAUCUCCAAUGUCUGACCCCUCCCAGGAUCUUACGCCAGCAGAUGAAGCUCCCUCCCUCCACCCACAGGACGACCACGCCACGGACGAGGAGAAGCUGGCCUCCUCCACCAGUCACAAGUGGGCAGCCCUGCCCGACAUGGAUCCAGAUUUAAACUCUGACCAGCAAGACUUCCCCCAGCCAUGCGACCUCACUUCCUUUGUUAAUGAGAACAAUCUUCCUCAUCCAGUGCAAGACUAUGAAAUUGAGUACAUGGAGAAGCUUGGCUCCGCUACGCCUCCACUGUCUGUGAAGAAGCCAUCUUUGUAUCUGAAGUUGGACUCCGUAUCUGACAACUUAACCAAGAAUACGUGUGCACAUGGAUCAGAGCCCAGCUCCCCCUGCACAGGGAGCUUUGAGGAGAUGGAGGCCCAGAUAACAGCAGGUAUAAAGACACCCGUGCUGAGCUCUCGGCCUGGUCCUGAGGGCUCUGCUGGGGACAAGGGCAGGAAGAGAGAAAGCGAGGCACUCAGCCGAACACAGAGCACCGAGAGGGAUGAGCAGCCCCCUAGCCAGGGCCCCGUGGAGGCCCCUGCUCCAGUCCUGGCCAUGCCCCUUUUAGACAGGCUGUCUGAGUGUGACGACCUCCUGCAGUACCUGGAGCCUGACCUGGCUGAGACCAACCCCACCGCAUUCGCCCAAAAACUACAGGAGGAGCUGGUGCUUGCUGCCCUGAGGAUAGAGGCUCUGCAGGUAGCCAAAAACAUCUCUCAGUGCCCCUCCCUCUCCACUGUAAACCCCCAGUCUCGACUCAAGAAACCCAGCACUCGGCGGUGGAAUAUCAACGGGUCACCCUUACUCAAACACCGAGACGUGUCCUCUCCAGUGGAAAGUGGCGUGUCCAUGAACUCACUGUACGCCAGGACCACCACCAGCUACAUCGAAGGGGAGAGUCCCCACCUGCCCAGAGAACUGGACCACUCUCUGGGCAUUGCACGAGAGGAGAUCGUGACCAAGGAGAAAGAAGUGCUGGAGUGGCAGAGGAAGUAUGAAGACAGCCGACAGGAAGUGGUGGAGAUGAGGAGGAUUGUUGCUGAGUAUGAGAGGACCAUUGCACAGAUGAUAGGCAUGCCAGAGGAUGACCAGAAAGAGAAGUCUCUCUCCCACCACACCAUCCAGCAGCUGAUCAUGGAGAAGGAUCAGGCCUUGUCCGACCUCAACUCCGUGGAAAAGUCUCUGGCUGACCUCUUCCGACGUUAUGAGAAAAUGAAAGAUGUCCUGGAGGGCUUCCGCAAGAAUGAAGAAGUUCUGAAGAAAUGCGCUCAGGAGUAUUUGUCAAGGGUCCGCAAAGAGGAACAGCGCUAUCAAGCCCUGAAGAUUCAUGCAGAGGAGAAACUUGACAGGGCCAAUGCAGACAUAGCUCACGUGCGCGCCAAGGCCAUGCAGGAGCAGGCCGCCCACCAGGCCAGUCUGAGGAAGGAGCAGAUGAAGGUGGACUCUCUGGAGCGCACUUUGGAGCAAAAGAACAAAGAGAUCGAGGAGUUGACAAAGAUCUGUGACGAGCUGAUCGCCAAGAUGGGAAAGAGUUAGCGAACACACCAAAUCUCACAGAGAAGAGGAGCGGUUGUGGAAAAAGAAAACCACUUGGAAAAUAUAGCAGAUCGUUUAUAUUCACCACCUCUUCCAAAGACUGAUGGACAUUUAAGGCCAAAAUGGUCUUGGGGUUAAAUUGCGUACUGACAUUGUGUAUACAGGAUCCACAGGAAUGGCUUUUUCUCUUAAUCACUCUGUACAUUUUUUAUGUGUAUCAGUUUAUCGUAAUGUAUUGGGGGUCUGUUUUAAAGUUUUAGAAAAUGUAUCAUAUCACUUGUGUGUGUGUGUGUGUGUGUGUGUGUGUGUGUGUGUGUGUGUGUGUGUGUGUGUGUGUGUGUGUGUGUGUGUGUGUGUGUGUGUGUGUGUGUGUGUGUGUG